AUGAUAAAGGAAGAAGUAAUACGUCAGUGGAGGCAGCAUCUUAGUGACAAACCUCAAACUUUUGAAUUUGAUCAGCAAGAGGUGAAGUCGGUCUUCCAAAAACUUAGUAAAAAAUAUAUCGAUCCUUCUGUAAAUGAUGAGGAGGAAGGAGUUGAAGGGAUACAGACUAGAUCUUCAGAAACAGCUUUCCUUAAGGAAGACCUUGUAGUUCCAACCACUCAGGAGCUUGGAGGAAAUUCAGGACUCAGUUCUAUAAUGGUGACUGACAGGAAUGAAUUAAAUUCAAACAUGUUUGAAGCUCUUAUAAGAACACUUGCAAGCAAGAAGCAAUAUUCUCUAUAUUUACAAACUCUUCUAAGUGAAGAUGUAGAUGGUUUCUAUGCAGGAACAGAAUUAGGUCAUGGGUCUGAUAUAUACUCAAUUCAAACUGAGGCAGUGGUUGAUCCUGACUCUAAGAUUCUCACAGUAAAUACCCCAUCUGUAACCUCGAUUAAGCUCUGUACUGCAGGAAAUAUUUUGACUGCUUCUCAUGUUGUUUUUCAAGCUAGGUUAGUUUGAGGAAAGAAGGAUUAUGGAGUCCAUUCUUUCCUUGCAAGAAUCAGACACCCAGAAACUAAGGAACUUUUUGAGGGACUCGAAGUAGGAAGAUCGUAUCAUAAACUCAGCAUUGCAUCACAGUAUGCAUCUUAUUUGAAGUUUACCGAUUUUAAGCUUCCAAGAGAUGCCUUACUUUCUCGGUUUAUUACUAUCUCAAGCAGUGGGAGAAUCGAGAUAAUGGGAGACUCUAGAAAUGCAAACUCGACAAUGAAUGAAAUCAGAUGCACCCUCAUCCGUGAAUCUUGGAUCCAGUGCUUUAGUAUCCUCAAGAAGAGCCAGAUGAGAAUGAAGAUGACUGAAAGCCACCAAGCAAAACAAAGGGCUGUAUCUCUGACUGCUCUUGGAUAUGCUUCAUUCUUAACAUGGAAUUACAGUUUAAUUAAUAUGGGUGAACAGGUUAAAGAAUUCUUACCAAUUCUUCCCAACCUGAAAUCAUUCAUCUACGAUGAGUUAUGAUCACUAACCCAAAAUGUCUUGGAGUUCCAAACCAGUGGUUCAACUCUAGGCUCCAUCAACAUGUGGAGCCAGGUUGAGAUCUCUCCUCCUAAGCUCAACAUAAAAGGGAGUGGCUAUACCUAUUUUCAGGAUACAACGAAAUAUAUUUUCAAAAAGUUGAGCAAAAUUAUGAUUGGCUCUGAAAUUAAGGGAUUUUUCAGCUAUCUGCAAGAUUUCUUGCAAUUUGUUGAAAACCCUCCAAAGAUUCGUUUCCGCCAUACUGUAGAAAGCUUGCUGAACAUUAUAAAAGCAUCCCUUCUUUUGCAAAUCAAAGAGACAGGAGAUUUGCUGAAAAAGAAGAGUCCUUACUCAAUGGAUGAGAAAUGGAACAAGGUCUAUUUCAUUGAAGUUAACAAAACUGCUAAAUUAAAUGCUGUUUAUUUGACCUCGAAGAUUUUCUAUGACCAGAUCCAGAGCUUAAAGGUCUCAGAUGGCUUAUACUAUUCUUUGAUGAGACUCUGAAAAAUCUAUUGCUGCAGGAUGGUCCUUAUAUAUUGCGACAAUGUCAUCUUACAAGGAGUUUUAGAUUCUGAAAAUUUAAUAAACAUCAAAGAAUACAUGGAAACUCUCAUUGAUGAUGCUGUGCCUUCUAUCUAUGAGCUUAUUACUCCAUCUCCAGCAGAAGGGAUCAAGUAUAAGCAAAGAAGUCAUGAAAAUGAAAUCAUCUCAGAUAUAUCCAAGAGUUACAAUGGUAAUUCUGCUGAUAAGAUCAUUAAAAAUCCAGGUCAAGCUGGUACAAUUCCUGGAGCUCUGAAGGAGAAACUGGCUUUAAGGAUUACAAGUAAAAUCUAAUUUAUUCUUCC